ACGUUAGGUGCGCGUAAGAAGAAUCACGUAAGAGAGACAUAAUAAUAAAUAAGCUGGUCGUUGCGGUUUCAAUCCCCUCACACAGACGAAAACUCGAAAAACAAUCGAAGUUGCUUCUUAUCCAUGGACGAACCUCGCAAGCAUCAGGUUUCCUUGAGAGGAGCAAGCGCAAGGGAGAUAUCCAGGGAUGCGCUUCUGGAGAAGGUUUCGCAGGAAAGAGAGCAGCGCAUCUACGCAAGACGAGCUGCUGCAGCUGCAGUUUUGAUUCAGAGGGUUUGGAGGGGAUAUAAUGUGACAACGAAGGAAGCCAUUCGGUUGCAAGCAGAAUGGGAAACCCUGAUGAAGAAUCAUGCUGAUUUGAUGAGUGGAACAUGGAUUUCUACCUGUGUCUUGAGGCCUUUUCUCUUCUUCAUUUCGCAUUUAUCUACUCGACAUCAAAAGAUCUCCUCCAGAGAUUUGAGCUGUAUGCAGUGUUGCUUUAAAAUCCUGUUGGAAAGCGUAAAUUCUACUGAUUCAAGGAAGAACUUUUGCUCACUGGUCAUGGGUACUCUUGAAGAGAGGAGAACAUGGACUUAUCAAGUUCAGAAGCUUGUUACUCUCUCCGCCUUUAUUCUUGCUGAAUGUGAUCGAUCCUGUGCUAGGGGACAUGAUUUUCUUGUUGUGACUUCUCUGGCAUUGCGACUAGUUGUUUUUUUAACUGAUCUGAAGGGUUGGAAAAUAACUACUGAUGAUAAUCUUCAAGAUGCAGAUGCAGCAGUGAAGGGCUUAGUUUGCUUUUUGGGAAGUCAAAAAAGUUCUCUCUAUGCAUCUAUUAGAAAAUACAUAAACAAAUUGGAUCCUUCCUAUUCUUCAAAAACAAAUAAUAUUGUCCAGACAGAUGAUACAUUCUUGAUAAUUGCAAGUGCAAUUACUCUAGCUAUACGGCCAUUUAAUGUAAUAAAAGUUGAUGUAACUGGUCCUUCCCCAUAUGGUGUCAGUUAUGCUGCUGAGCAAUACUGUUUAUUUCUUCUUACAAUUCCCUGGCUUGCUCAACGGCUACCAGCUAUUCUUCUACCUGCUUUGAAGCACACGUCUGUUCUGUCACCAUGUUUGAGGAUGCUACUGAUUUCAAGAGACGAAAUAUUCACAAAGAUGUCAUAUGUUGAUGGGUCAAAAGUACAACAUUCUUCCAAGGUGAUUCCUCCUGUUGGUUGGGCUCUUGCAAACAUUGUAUGUCUAGCUGCAGGCAGUGAGAGUGACUUUACAGACCCUGGAAGGAUGAACCAAGCCUAUCCAUCCUAUGUCCAUGUAGUCAUCACUCUUGCAGACAAUUUACUGGCCUGGUUUGACAGUGUUGGAUGGACUGAAAAGGAGAAUGAAGAUUUUCUAGGCAACAUUGAGACUUCAAGAGAGUCUUCAAGUAUUGCAUCACCGGAGGGUCAAACAAAAUAUGGGUCCUUAAAUAUGUCCUACAUUGACCUAUUUAGACCUGUUCAUCAGCAGUGGCAUCUUAAAAAGCUUUUGGCAAGCACAGAUGGAGAUGCUAAUAGACAUGGGACCACAACUCUGCCUCUGAAUGAAAUGGAACAGUUUGGGGUGUUGGAACUGCUUGAUAUUGCACAUUUUUAUUCCUACAUGCUUAGAAUUUUUGCUGUUUUAAAUCCCUCUACUAAGUCAUUGCCAGUUCUUAAUAUGCUAGCUUUUACCCCUGGAUUUCUUGGCAACCUUUGGGAAGUUCUUGAAAGCUUCAUUUUUCCUGGAAAUAAUCCCACUGCUGGGGAUAGUUGUCUUGGGACAAGCAAAGUUUCAAGGAAGAAAAAGGAUGGUGUUGAUAGAAAGCUAAAACAAGCCAAUAAGGAUGGAGUAAAUAAGUGGGUAAACGUACUUCAUAAAUUUACUGGUAAAUCACAAGCAGAGGAUAAACAGACAGAUUCAGUUCAUGAUGACCAGGUUGGUGAUGAUUCUAGUGAUGUUUGGGAUGUAGAAUCUCUACGGGGUGGGCCUCAAGGUGUUUCGAAAAAUACAUUGUAUCUGCUUCACCUGUUCUGUGCGACAUAUUCUCACCUGCUGUUAGUUCUUGAUGACAUAGAGUUCUAUGAAAAACAGGUUCCAUUCACACUUGAGCAACAACGAAGAAUUGCAUCAAUACUUAAUACCCUAGUGUACAAUGGCUUAUCUCAUAGUGUGGGUCGACAAUAUAAACCCCUUAUGGACUCUGCAAUCAGAUGCUUGCAUCUAAUCUAUGAAAGAGAUUGCAGGCACCAGUUCUGCCCCCCUGUUUUGUGGCUUUCGCCUGCUAGAAUGAGCAGACCCACAGUUGCAGUAGCUGCAAGAACUCAUGAAGCUCUAUUCUGUAGUUUGAGAGCAGAUGAUGAUUUGACUGUUCAGAAUAUGGGUUCUGUUGUCAGUGCUACUCCACAUGUGUUUCCAUUUGAAGAAAGAGUUCAAAUGUUUAGAGAGUUUAUCAAUAUUGAUAAAGUCUCUAGGAAAAUGGCUGGUGAAGUCACUGGACCUGGUUCACGAUCAGUUGAGAUAGUAGUUCGUCGAGGUCAUAUUGUUGAGGAUGGCUUUCGGCAAUUAAACUCCCUUGGGUCAAGGUUGAAGUCAUCUAUUCAUGUAUCAUUUGUUAGUGAAAGUGGCCUUCCAGAAGCUGGCUUGGAUUAUGGUGGAUUGUCUAAAGAGUUUCUAACAGAUAUAUCAAAAGAAGCCUUUUCUCCCCAGUAUGGGUUAUUUACCCAAACAUCAACUUCAGACAGACUUCUAAUCCCUAAUGCUGCUGCAAGAUAUCUAGAAAAUGGUAUCCAGAUGAUUGAAUUUCUUGGAAGAGUUGUUGGUAAAGCACUUUAUGAAGGAAUUUUGCUGGAUUACUCUUUUUCACAUGUUUUUGUACAAAAGCUGUUAGGCCGUUAUAGCUUUCUCGAUGAACUUUCAACACUUGAUCCAGAGCUGUACAGGAAUCUUAUGUAUGUCAAGCAUUAUGAGGGUGAUGUCAAGGAGCUCUGCCUGGAUUUCACAGUUACUGAGGAAUCAUUUGGUAAACGGCAUAUUAUUGAGCUUAAACCUGGUGGCAAGGAUGUUAAUGUGACCAACGAAAACAAGAUGCAGUACAUUCAUGCAAUGGCAGAUUACAAGCUCAAUCGGCAGAUGCUGCGCUUCUCAAAUGCAUUUUAUCGAGGGUUGACUGAUCUCAUAUCUCCUUCUUGGUUGAAAUUAUUUAAUGCAAGUGAAUUCAAUCAGUUACUUUCAGGUGGAAACCAUGAUAUUGAUGUGGAUGAUUUAAGAAAUAACACACGAUAUACUGGUGGUUAUUCGGAGGGAAGCCGGACUAUUAAACUUUUUUGGGAGGUUAUGAAAGGUUUUGAACCAAAAGAACGGUGCAUGCUACUUAAAUUUGUGACCAGUUGUUCACGAGCUCCAUUGCUUGGAUUCAAAUAUUUGCAGCCAUCUUUCACCAUUCAUAAGGUUGCAAGUGAUGCACCUCUUUGGGCAACAAUUGGAGGACAGGAUGUAGAGCGGCUUCCAUCUGCUUCUACGUGCUACAAUACCCUCAAGCUUCCAACAUAUAAGCGUUUAAGCACACUGAGAGCAAAGCUUCUUUAUGCAAUCAGUUCCAAUGCAGGAUUUGAACUUUCUUAAUGAUCCUUGGCAACUUGAUAUGCAGGUAAAUUUGAAAUAACUCCUGUUUCCUGAACAAAUAAUUACUUGCAUUUCUAUCAAUUCUAAUGAGCCAUAAUGUUGCGGAAGUCAAAAUUAUCCUAGAUGUUUCAUUCGAAAGCUCAAGCACCAUUUAUUGGUCCAUUUGGGGUCAUAGUUCAGCUGUCUGGAAAAGUAGGGAUGCAUGAAAUGAUUGAGUUCUGUAAAUCAUAGAAUUUUCAUGUCCAUUCUAGGCCCAAGCAUUCAAAACAAUGUCAUUUAGAUUGUAGGACUGCUACUGAUAAUUUAUGUAAGACUAAAAUGAAUGCAAGUGUAUCUAACCAUAUAUAUCAUAACCUGGCAUUUGGUGUCAAUGCUUAGAAGAAUUGUUUAAAUAAAAUGUAGUCCUGAAGAAACCAUUAUCACCAUAAUCAUCCAAGGCAAGGAUUCAUGUUUAAGAUUUUCCACAGGAGAAAAUCAUGAAAUUGCACAGUUGCUACAAGUAAAACUGAGGAGGUUGUACAUAUGAGAAUGUUCAACUCUCUUACUAAAAUGGUAAAACCAACAAAGUGCUAAGUAAUUCUUGAUUGCAUCUAAUAUACCAUCUAGUACAGGAUGGCAGGAGUGAAUGAGAACAUUGGCAAUUACAAUAGAGGCAGCUUCAAGAGAUGAGGGAUAUUCCCUGUGCCAGUAGAUUACCCGCCAGUAUCCGGUUAGCAGAUUCAGUCGGAUGGAAACCAUCCCAAAACACAUAUGCUGUAGCAUUUGAGCAUGUACCUACGGACCUGGCAUUGCAGAGCAUAGAUGUUUCUACUGUACCUGUUCCGCAGCAAGCCCUUCUUGACUCAAAGAACCCUGUAAUAUAAAUUAAAAUUGCAAAUAAAGA